GUAAGCGAAGUGGCCUACAGACCUACAUUUAUACAACGUUCGAUUUUUACACCGCUUUAAGAAAUAGAUAUUUGUGAAACCUUGGCGCGAAUUUGAAGGUCAUAAUUUCUUAAGGCUUCGAGGCGUGGUAAAUUCGGUUAUCGUUGCGGGACAAGUGCGUAAUCGGAUAAACAAUGCACGAAGAAGCGACAAGUAUGAGCGUUCCUGGCUCUGUUGCCGCAUCUACUGUCCAGAACGAAAACGGCACAUCUACGGUUUCAGUGGUAAAUGCCGAAGUGGACCUGGAGGCGACCACGGACAAUGACAACGUCGAAUUGCAAGUGCCUUUCUCAACAAAUUCAGGAGCAGAUGGUGAACUUUGGAAGGCGACAGAACACCGCAUAAGAAAAAUAUGUUUAUAUUAUUUUGUCUUAAAAUCACUCAAGUCCGUCUGCGAUUACCUGUGUACGGUUUUGGUAGUUUUGUGCCACGUGGCUUUGAAAGAUCAUCGAAUUAUUUUCGAAAGAUGGGUGAAAUUCGAACAGAAGUUGUCGGCCGCCACGUUAUUAUUCCUGCUGUCCCCGGAUUCGAAAUAG